CCCCGCCCUCCGCCGCGUCGGGCCGAUGCUGGCCGCCUCGACGGCGCGCCCCGACGGCGUGCCGCCGCGGCUCGCCGGCUUCCGGGGCGGGGCCGAGCACUUCCAGGAGGUGCUGAGCCGCAACCGCGGCGUGCUCCUGCUCGGGGACGCGAGGCCCAAGUCCGAGGCGCAGCGCAGCCGCGGCGCCGUGAGGCUCCAGGAGGAGGCCUUCCGCCACCCGCACGAGGUGCAGGAGCCGGAGGAGGAGCGGGCCGAGAGGCCCGGGAAGCAGGCGGCGUCGACCUUCGUGCCGUCCUCCGUGGCGAGGGGGGGCAAGAGGGACCUCGAGCCCGUAGCUGCCAGCAAACCCACCACGAGACAGCGGCACGGCUCCGUCAGCUCCAUGGGGUCUGGCGUGAGCGCGGGCUCUGCGUGGAGGAAGGAGCGUGUCGCCAGGGCCACCGCCGCCGAGGACACGACGGCCCUCGUCGACAGCCCAGGAUUCGUGAAGUUCUUUGCCGCGUGCGUGCUGGUCAACAUCUGCACGAUCGGGGUCGCGACCGACUACGACCAGCUUGCUCCCCAGGUUUUUGAGGUCACGAACACCGCAUUCCUGCUGGUCUACUUCACGGAGAGCUUCCUCAGGCUCAUGACCUUCGGGGUCAGAGGGCUGCACGACCGACUGACCGUGAUGGACCUGCUCCUCAACAUGGCCGCCUUCGCGGAGACGAUCCUCUCCGCCGAGCAGGCGUACGCGAGGGCGCUGCCAGCUCUGCGGCUGCUCCGCGUGGGCAGGUACAUGCGCAGCUCGCCCUUCUUCGCGGAGCAGAAGGAGCUGUGGCUCAUGUCCGCCGCCAUAGGAAACGCGAUGUACUCGCUGGUAUGGGUCGCGAUGAUUCUCGGGCUGUUCGUCCUCUCCUUCGCGGUGUUGGCGCAGGACAUCGUUGGCGAGUCCGCGGUGUGGAUUGGCAGGAACGACCCCUUGGCGGAGGGUGUGGAGGCAUUCGAAUCUUUCGAUAACCAUGAGUAUUUUGGUAGCGUCUCGAGGAGCAUGUUGUCCCUGAUCCAGAUCGUGACGCUGUCCGAGUGGGCGGACCACAUCGCCCGCCAGGUCACGCUGGUCUACCCCACCGCUUUCUUCUUCUUUGCGUGCUUCAUCUUCGCGACUGCCUACGGCCUGGUGAUGUGCGUCGUGUCUAACGUAGUCCUGAGUUCCAUGACCUCCUCCAAGUCGCUUGACAGCGCAAGAAAGCAACUUGAGAUGCAGCACCGUAAGGAGGUGGCGGCGGAGGCAAUGGAGAUAUUCGCCUUCGGAGACGCUGACGGCGACGGGAAGCUGACGCUCGAAGAGCUGGAGGAGGAAAUGCAGAAGCCAGCGCUGCCUAGAAUCUUGGAGUCUCUGGACGUCCCAGUGCUUGACGCCGAGAACCUGAUCUUGAUGUUCGACCUCACUGGCGAUGGGACGAUCGACUACGAGGAGCUGGUGCGCGGCUGUGCCGGCAUGAACGAGGACAUUACACCUCAGGACUACACAAAGCUGAACCUGCGCGCCUGGUCUAUGGUCCAGAGGGCUAAGAGACUGGAGGCCCUCUUCUGUUCCUCCUUACUUCUGGCGACGAUGGGCUAUGCGACCCGGAUGAUCGAGGUCGCCCUGCUCGCCCUCCAGAACUACGAGGCCACCCGCACGCGGAGCCUGCUGAAGAAGGACGCCAUAGAUCCCCCGGGGUGGGCGUGCUGGCGCUCGCCCAGGGCGGCCACUCGGCGGGCCGCGGCGGAGCUGCUGCGGGCGGUCCCGAAGAUCAGGCAGGAGGGCGAUCACCAGGAGGCGCUCGUCGUCCGGCCGUCCCAGUCCGACGCCGACGCCUUCCUGGGCUUCGCCGCGCGGUUCUGCGGCCGGCCGCCGCGGCAGCCCGCUGGGGGCGGCCGGCCCAGCUCGGCGCCGGAGGAGCUGGACGACCUGCAGCGUGCCGCUGUCACGGCCGCGCCGCGGCCGCUGCCGGGCUUCGGAGAGCCGCCGCCCGACGAGCCAGCGAAGCUCCGCGGCGCGGGCGUCGGGGAGCGGCCGCCGGUGGUGCAGGCGGGCGCGGGAGGAAUCCGGCCACUGCCAGACGUCUCUGUGAUGAUGUCGCAGAUCUGCGGCAAGGCCGUGCUGUGCGCCCCGCCGGCGGCGGGGCGGCGCGCCCCGCCCGCGGGGCAGGCGCGGGGAGGCCGCGCGGAGGACAGGUGGGACCGGCUGGACGUGUACAGGGGCAAGGUCGACGCCGUCUCCGAGAUCCGGCAUAUGCUGCCGUGAGGGCGGCUCGCGGCCUCGGCCCUGGCGCCGCGGCCCCUUCCAUCGGCGGCGCGAAAACCCUCCUCCCUCCCUCCGGCGGCGACCAGAAGCAGCAGCGCACGUUCGCGGGCCCAGGUUGCUGCUGAGUCGUCUUCCCUGUCUCGGUAUCGUGGUGGACACGGGGAGACCCAGGAGCAUCUUGUAUGGCCUUCUUGGUGCUGGGUCCCGCAGAGCGCGGCCCUCGUGGACAUCGCCCCCUCGCGGAAACAGGGGCACGCUGCCGCCGAACACGCGGCAAGGGGGGGCUCGAGGAGGUCAACGAGCCACUCCAGCCGCGCCCCCGUCCGCCUGUGGCUUGGCAUCGCUCGGACGUGUGCAUUUUUUCCCAACCAUCCUGUGGUGUUGGG